UAUAGAAUCACAGCUUAUGGCCGACAUGGAGGCUGUUCUAGACAGAUUCACAACAUUGGGAGCGCAGUGUCAUUAGAUAUUUUGUUCUUAGUUCAUUUUUGUCUUCGUAACAAAAUGAAAGCUUCGCUAGCCAUAAAAAUGGCCUUUUCGAUCAUAGCAGAAGGAUAAAGCCUAUUGCAGCUAUGAGUGCACAGGGGCAGCGGUGCGCGUCUCCUCCUGGUCCCACACGGAGGCCGCGUAAACAACAAGUGAGUGAAAAUAAAGGGAAAUGUCAGAAACUAAGUAGGAGUUCUAGACAAACGCAGCAGUCGCCCUCUCUCGAGUCCUCAUAUCACUGUGAAGCAGAUUUUAAGACUCCCAAAAGGCAUGCAGGGAUCAAGCUUAAUGGAUUGAAUAAUGCUGACUCUCCAAAUAAUGAUUCGGAAUUGUUGCAGGAUAUUAUAUGGGAUCCAACCUCACCUACACCUCUUAAAAAUGGAAAAGAUCCCACAAAAUUGUCCAAAAAUGCAAGAAUUGUGGACAUUUCAGAAAUUGUCAAUCGAAUAGCUCCAAAGUACUUAUCUGAAAUAAUAUUUUCUAAGAAUGAAAGACCAUGUGUUCCUGAAUCGAAUUUACUCCAGUGGAUUGGAGAUAGUGCUAUCCCUUGCACCCCAGAGGUGAGGCAUCGUAGAACCAGAAAGCCCACAAGGCAAAAUUGUGUUGAAGAUCUUAAAAAGCUGGCUAUGCAGUUUGAUAUCAAUAUGAUUCAGCAAGAUAAAGAGCAAGUCAAGCAUGCUACAAUGCAGGGAACAGAAGGUGCGGGAGAUCUGAACAAUUGUGGUGUAAUCCUUCCCGUGUCUCUAACCGACCUUGAAGGCACAAGCAAGGAGGCCAAUAUAAACAUCCAAAACACUAAUACAAACAAAAUGUUACAUCAAAAAUCGACAGUGUUUGAAAUGGACGACAACUUGGAUGCUCUUUUUGAUGGACCAACCCAACCCAUCAGCGGACGGUUGAGUCCAAGUACACCUGUGCAGUCCCAGGACACAAAGAUUGCCACAGUAACAUUAAGUUCUGAUGUUUCUGCUGGAGAAACAGCCAAGUCAAUUCCCAGUAACACUUCCACUGCCUUAUCUGGAAAUGUAAACAAACAUGAUGACCUUUCAAAGACCCUUGCAGCAAAUCCUGACUUUGAGGAUGACUGGGAUGAUGACUUACUUGACGACUCCUUUGUGCUUGAGUUGACUCUGAACCCGGACCUCAUUGCUGCUCCUAUGCACUGUUCAACACAGAUAAGCGCGAAUGCAAACAAGGAUGUUGUUGCUAAGGCAACCCAUCCCUCAACGACUAGCACCGUAACAGGUCACGGACAGCGUAGACCAGACGGCCACCUGGUUGAUGGUUCUGUGGUAGUGUGUAAAGGGAAAAAUGAGAAAUCCAAACACCGAAGCACUUUCAGACUGGAGGCAAAUCCCCAUUUCCAGGCCAAAGGCACUCUUUCUGAACACUUGCCAAGGCACAGCUGCAGCAGAGUACUUGAAGAACAUGCACAAAGCCAUUGUAGUUCUGCCGGUGGGGUAUCUUGUGUGGCACCUGAACACCAAUGCGAUAAGGUGAAACAACAUACUUGUAAUGUACUGCAAGAACACACAACACAGAAACUGUUUGGUAAGGAAUCAUCAUCAGCUGUGAGCAAUUCCUGCUCUAUGUCACUGGCUCUGAACCAUGGCUGUAAGGACUCAAAAGGUAAUCAUGAUGAAAAGAAGAAGGAGGAAAAUGAAGGGAUAAAAGUCUAUAAAGAGGUGUCAGAUGAAGAUCUGGAUUCAUUUUUUGCUGCCGACUCCCUGUGGGACAAUGGGGAUGAUGAUGACCUGCUCUGCCAGCUGUGUGAAGAUGUGGAGAGGUUUUCAGAGUGCCAGGCACAAGCUAGUGCCACAACAGUGUCACCUUGUGAGGAACAAAAUAAACUAAAGACUGUCCCACCAUCAGUUCCUCAUCCCAGUGACUAUGACACAGGAAGAAGUAACCAAAAGCAGUUGACAAAUGUCACACAACUUAAGCCGAACUUAAGUUCUGAACCUGGAAGUGGCCGAAAUUUUUCAACAGUUAAUGUGCCACUUUCCUGCAGCAUUCAGACUUUGGGUAAAAUGACCACAUCUAUCCCAAAUCAGAAAAGCGCAACAUCAAACUUACAUUGCAUGCCAGCAAUUAUAUCACAUGAGACUUCGGUCAGUGUGAGAGGACCGUAUAAAUAUACACAGGUAAGGAGUACCUCCGUGACAGGAACGUCAGCCUGUAGAUCUGCAGCCAGGCAUGACAGUGAGAAAAAGACUUCAUCACUGGUAUCAUCUGGGAAUGCUCUGGAGAACCGCCAUACCUCCUUCAAAAGGCAUCUCUCUGACCCCGUGGCUCCAACUAACAAAGUUUUUGUUCCCUGUCAAACCACUGCAAAGUGUACUGAAGCAGAGAUUGAAAGGAAGAAGCAGCAGGCGAUGGCCCGAAGGAGGCUUAGGAUGCAGGCAGCUCAGAAACUUGGGGCUCCAACAUGAGCAAUAUUAGUACAUUUCUUUUGAUAUUGUUGAUGGUGACUGAGUUAAUCUGGGAUCUCUGAUGGUAAACAGGCUGUAUUAUUUUAAUAAGUGAAGCCUCGGUUACAUGAGCCACUAACCUCAUGAAGCUGGACAGUACAGAGGUUUGCAGACACUUUAUGCUAAAUGGUUUAAAAAUAAUUUGCACAUGAACUGGCUCUUAGAAAACACACCAUUAAAAAAAAAAGUUCAGUAUUUUCAAGGAUUAAGAAAUCGAAGUACAAAGUAUACAUUCUACGGUUCUUUUGCAGUUCAUAUCAGAUCAUUAUGUUUGUCAUAUUGCUAAUCCUUUAUGUUUUAAACCAGACGUAGCUGUUACUGUCAAAAGCAGGGUGAGAAGUUGUUCUUGGACGGCUUAAACCACUCAACCAAUAUUUCCCACGCCUUAGACUAUGUUGAUUUUUAAAAACUGAAAACGUCCACAUUGUUGCAUUAAAUCCAUUUCAUCACAGACCAUCAAACUUAUUUUUCUCUGGCUCAAAAUACAGAACUUAAAAGUGUUUGCAACAGCAUCAACAUGUAGGUGCUGCAAAUUAUGUGUCGACAGCAUGGAUGUAAAAAAUUCACUCCUAGGGAAUUCAAAAUGUAUUUUUCCUUAUCCAGUUAAAUCAGGAAACUCUUAUGUGAAACUUAAAAUUCACUCCUUUUAGAGAUUCCCAUUUCAUUUUAUUGGGGUUAGCAUUUUCUGCUUCUGAAUGAUCUGGUAUGAUGCUGUCCUGUUGAUCUUGGAAGGAUACAGACAUUUUGUGUGCUCACCUUGUAAAUGUCCUCAGUCAUUCCAUUCCAUUAGAGAUGGAAAUACAACAUUUCUUUCUCCUUUCAUAAUGAGUCAUUUUACGAUUUACAUUCCUCUAGGUUAAAAUGCACUUCCCUGUACAGUUAUCCCUGUGGUCUUUGUUUUUUGUGAUAUUUUUGAUAAAGUACAAAUAUAGUAAUAUCUCAGUAAUUGAAUGCAACAAAGUAUUUUUUUUUCCUGAGCAGAUCCACCUUAG